GUGUUAACUAUCUUUUCAAAACCUUACGGAAAUUACAGAGACUUGUCACUACACUCGGAUAACAGACUUAACCAGGAAAUCUCUGAAAGCAUACCAAAAUUAGAGGCAAGCCACUUGCUGCUUUAUGGAAUAUCUAGCAAUUGGUGAUAAGAUUAACAUAAGGCGAUCCGACGGAUGCAUACAAUCCGCAACAGUCGGAUUGAAGAGUAUCGAGCGCCAGAUAGUUACCGUUGAAUGGACUCAGGGUAACAAGGUGAAAGGCAAGGAGAUAACUUGGAGCUCGGUGCUGGAGUUGAAUCCAUCUCUUGCGAAAGGAAAGGAGAAGAUCAUGGAAAUGGAACCGCUAAAAGUUGAGCUAAAGCCACCAAGCUAUAACAUGUAUCGUAAGAAGUCCGGUAACAACUCCUUGAAGAAGCGUCUCCGUGCUGCUGGCAGAUGCGAUAUGGUCAUCACUCCGCCAUCAGUAAAGCAAGCAAAGCCUUCGGGUCCCCCGAUCUCGAACAGAGCACCGACCCCUUUCAACCGAUCGAGUUCCUCGACUGUUGCACCCCGUUCCAGUGUUGUCCGUGAGGUAGAACGUUUGAAGGAGCAGCGGGAGCGUCGACGUGCUCUACAAGCAGAACAGCGCAAGGAACUUAGUGCCUUGAAGAGCAAGGAUCCCAACAAUCCCAACUGGGAAGUGGCUCUCAUGGUCGGCAACUAUCGCGAUCAGUUGCAAAUGAAUCCAUUGCGAUGCCUGAGUCCACGCGGUGCACGUGUCCAACAGAUCACAGUCUGCGUUCGGAAACGUCCAAUGAGCCGACGUGAGUUGCAGUCCAAGGCCGUGGACAUAAUCUCGGUGACGAAUCGUGGCUCAUUGAUCGUGCAUGAGUUGCGUAAUAAGGUCGAUCUAACCAAGUUCCUGGAGCACCACAAGUUUCGCUUUGACUAUACUUUCGAUGAGGCUUGCAGCAAUACUCUGGUCUAUGACCACACCGCUCGACCCUUGAUCCGUACCAUGUUUGAAGGGGGUAAUGCCACCUGCUUUGCCUAUGGCCAGACGGGAAGUGGCAAGACCCACACCAUGGGUGGUGAGUUCUGUGGCAAGGUCCAGGACUGUACAACUGGUAUUUAUGCCCUUGCGGCCAGAGAUGUCUUUAAUGAACUUAACAAGCCCAAGUCUCGUGAAUUGGGUGCUAGUGUCACUUGCAGCUACUUUGAGAUCUAUGGGAGUAAGGUCUUCGACUUACUGUUGCCGGACAAACCGAUGCUCCGUGUGCUAGAGGAUGGACGACAGCAGGUUGUGAUUGUGGGUCUAACUCAAGUGCCAGUGACCAAAGUCGAGGAAGUGUUGGGCAUCAUUGAGCAGGGCAAUCGGGAGCGCACAUCCGGCCAAACCUCGGUGAAUAUCAAGUCUUCCCGUUCCCAUGCCGUAUUCCAAAUGUCCCUCUACAUGCCCGGCUCCUGUGAGCCAUGCGGCAAGUGCUCCUUUGUGGACUUGGCUGGCAAUGAACGUGGCGCAGACACUCAGUCUGCUAAUUUACAGACACGUCGCGAGGGUGCUGAGAUCAACAAGUCUCUUUUGGCACUCAAGGAGUGUAUUCGGGCUUUAAGUCGACACUCAACUCAUUUACCAUUCCGUGGGUCCAAGUUGACGCAAGUGCUGCGCGAUUCGUUUAUAGGAGGAGAGCAGAACAGGACUUGCAUGAUAGCCAUGAUAUCCCCGAGCCUGACUUCCGUGGAGAAUACUUUGAAUACUCUUCGAUAUGCAGAUCGCGUCAAAGAAUUGGUGGCCAAGGACGAUGAUUUUGUCGACUAUGAUAUGCCAACUGCAGACGAAGAAAAGAGUUGUGAAAUGGAUGAUGAUAUGCAGGAAAGCUCUGGCUUUAAAGACGAGACAGAAUCGGAUUCGGAUGACUCUGAAAAUGAUGUGCCGGAUGAGCCAAACGGCUUUGUUGACUUUAACUCCAGCCAGACAUCGGAGUGCCAUAGUUCCCUCAACAAGUGUGACAGCUAUCAGAACAUUAGUAGCGAGGUUGAAAACGACAUAAAAACUAAUGCACAGACAUUUGAAUUGACCGAUGUUAUCAUGCAACAUGAUGUGCUCUUCGACUACGUUACCAACUUUAACAAGGACUUCGAAAAAAUCGCCACAGAAACUCCAUCUGUGAAGAAUAUCCGCUUGACGAAGUUUUUGCAGGAAUCGGAGUCCCAUUUACGAGAACUAGAGGGUAUUGUGAAGCACACAUAUAAUAUGGUCUCAAAUUUUAACUCACAGCAAUAUCUCGAAUGCGGAGGGGAAGAUCAUAUUGAAGAGAAUGUCGAGAUGUAGAUUGAAAACAUAACCCAUAUUUUAUUUAUUUUCUAUGGUACGUCAUAUUGUAUGUAUUAUGUAUUAAAAAAUAUAAAUUAUAAGCCUAGGACACACCUUUGGCAACCAAUGCUG